AUGGACGUGAUAAAAACCCAGCAAAUCUCGGCGAGGCCGAUCGAGAAGGUUGUCGUUCACCCGCUGGUUCUGCUCAGCAUCGUCGACAACUACAACAGAGUUGCCAAGGACACUCGUAAACGCGUCGUCGGAGUCUUGCUCGGGAGUGCUUCUAAAGGAAUCGUCGACGUCAGCAACAGCUACGCUGUGCCAUUUGAGGAAGAUGAGAAGGAUCCCAGCAUCUGGUUUUUAGACCACAACUACCAUGAAUCGAUGUUUUCCAUGUUCAAGAGAAUUAAUGCAAAGGAGCAUGUUGUUGGGUGGUAUAGUACAGGUCCAAAAUUGAAAGAAAAUGAUCUUGACAUUCAUGGCUUGUUCUCUGACUACGUUCCAAAUCCUGUCCUAGUCAUAAUUGAUGUCCAGCCAGUAGAGCUUGGUAUUCCCACCAAAGCUUACUAUGCUGUUGAAGAAGUUAAAGAGAAUGCGACACAGAAAAGUCAGAAGGUAUUUGUGCAUGUGCAAUCCGAAAUUGCAGCUCACGAGGUUGAGGAAAUUGGUGUGGAACACCUGCUUCGGGAUGUCAAGGACACAACUAUAAGCACUCUUGCAACCGAGGUCACUGGCAAACUUACUGCCUUGAAAGGGUUAGAUGCAAGGCUCAAAGAAAUAAGAGGUUAUCUUGACCUUGUUAUUGAUGGGAAGCUUCCUUUGAAUCAUGAGAUUCUGUACCAUUUGCAGGACGUAUUCAACCUACUUCCAAACCUCAACGUUUCUGAGUUGAUCAAGGCUUUUGCUGUGAAAACAAACGACAUGAUGUUGGUAAUCUACCUCUCGUCCGUCAUUCGAAGCGUCAUAGCACUCCACAACUUGAUCAAUAACAAGUUGCUCAACAAAGAACAUGAGAAAGCUGAAGACUCAAAACCAGUGACCGUACCAACUGCCACCGGAAGCUAG